AGUAAAUAAGGAUGAUGUCGAGUCUUCUCGCGGGCCCCGUCAUAGCCUUUCGGGAGGAGGCUCUCUCGCACCCAAAAUCACUAAGUUGGACUUUCCACGCUACAAUGGCAUGGAUGACCCAACCGGAUGGAUUUGUCGAGUGGAGAAAUUUUUCGAGUUCCAAGGCACGUAAGAAACGGAAAAACUCCCCUUGGCCGGUUAUCACUUGGAUGGCACUGUCCAAUUGUGGUAUCAACGUUUCAAAAAUCGGCGAGAAGGCGUCAAUUGGGAAGUGUUCAAGUACAAGUUGCAUUUACGAUAUGGGCCUUCAAGAUACCAAAAUUUCUUUGGGGAUCUCACCAAGCUUAAACAAACAGGAAGCAUCCGCGAUUACCAAAUGGACUUUGAUCGUUUGUUACAUCGAGCUGGCCAUUUGUCUGAAGAACAACAAAUCGGGUGCUUUGUCAGCGGGUUAAAGAAUGCAAUACGGGUUGAUGUGCAAGCAUGUAAUACAAUUUCAUUGUCCGCCGCUAUCGGUCUGGCGCGAUUUUAUGAGUCUCGUAUGUAUGAACAACAGAAGAGAGGGUACGUGGAACCUCCGAAUGCUCCAUCCACCAUGGGACAUCCACCCUUACCCUCAGCAUCCCUUACUCGCGCUCGUAACCCCACCAUCAAGAGGUUGAGUUCGACUGAGUUGCAAGAAAGGAGGAUGCACGAAUUAUGCUUCAAUUGUGACGAAAAAUUUUCCCCAAGCCAUCGUUGCAAGAAGUUAUUUUUAAUAGAAGGAAUUUUUCCUUCUAUUGACGAGCCGUUGGAGGAGACUACCAAAGAGGAGGAAGCGGAAGAAAAGAUUCUCGAAAUUAGUUUUCAUGCUAUUUCAGGAAAUACAACACAUCAGACCAUGCGCUUUUUUGGAAAAAUCGGAGAUUUUGGGGUUACCAUAUUGGUGGAUUCCGGUAGCACUUAUAACUUUAUGAAUUCAAAGUUAGCUACCAAAAUGAGAAUUUAUCCUGCAAAGAAAGAAGAAUUCUCGGUUCAAGUGGCGGAUGGAAAUAAGAUGAAAAGUGAAGGAUUGUGUGAAAAGCUCCCUAUUUUAGUGCAAAAGGUUCAAUUUCACGUAGAAUUUUACCUUUUACCAGUGGAAGGAUGUGAUGCUGUUUUCGAAACUCAAUGGCUUAAAAAACUGGAUCCAAUUAUUUGGGAAUUCAAUGAUCUAUGGAUGCAGUUUUGGUGAGAGGGGAAAACAAUAGAGUUACGCGGGACCAAAGGGCCUAACAAUAAAAUCAUGGAUUGUCAUGAUCUAGAGGAGCAGUUGCGAAAACGAAAAAGAGCUUUUUUUAUUACAAUUCAAUUCCUUAAAGUUGGGAGAGAAGCAAGGAGUUGCAACAACCGAUUUAAAUCUAGAUUUAAUGGCUAAUUUGAAUCAACAUUCGGCCAUAUUUCAAGAGAUUCAAGGCUUGCCAUCUCAACUAUCU